AUGUUUGGCCUAAGCUCUCUUUUUAUUCCUCCUCCUUCAAUCAGCGAGCAAAUAUUUUUGUAUAUUCACGGUUAAUAUUUUUUAUAUAAUUGGAAUGCGGAAAUUAAUUUAAUUCGCUAGAAUUAGCUAGAUUUCUUGAUAAUAAUUAUAAUUUAUAUGUUAAAGAAUUUUGUUUGCUCACGGAAGGUGGGCUAUUGGCUAAAAAGUAAGGAUUUUCCAAUGAUUUGGCUCGCUCACAGAGCAGGCUGGAGUGAGCACUUUUUCAUCUCCACUGAAAAAGCUUUAUUUAAAAAAGAAUUAAGCCCCGAUAGAGAAACAAUUUUUGUUUACAGGGGGGGUAAAGUAAUUACUAUUAAUAAAAAAGAAGGAGGCACCUUAUUUUCUGACUCACAGCUAUUCUUAAAGUAGCAAAAUAGAUCAUAGCAUUUUAAUCAAAUUUCGAUGAUGUUCUUAUAAGAAUAACUCAUAAGCUAUAAAAAAAAUUAACAAAAUUUUUUUUACUCGUUAAAGACGGGUAGUAAGGAAAGUAUAAAAUUUCAGGAUGACAUUGUUAAGCACAUCUACAACAACUUUUAUGUCUUCUAA